AUGUCCCCAUGGACACUCAUGCUCUUGAGCCUUUCGCAUAUGGCUUCAGCUACCCCUGGGCCUGGCAGUCAAUCGAUAUUGGGCGUGCAAUUUCACUUCAAUCGCACCAACGUUCCAUUGGGACAGUGGCCCGUCUGUCGAAAUGCGUGUCUUCUCACUGGCCCUAUUGUCUCAUUCCCGGAUGUGUCUGUAUUACAUGAUGCUCUCCACACGGGGUGCUUACACAAUGCAGCUGAAUGGAGCGUUGAAAGUUGGUCAGAAGGCGAUGCUCCCGACAAAUGCUUCUGUAAGGAGCUUUUGACUUAUGUAGUGACGGAGCGUGAACGGCCCAGCUUGGGGGCGAAGCUGACGGGAUAUUGCGACUUGGACAAGCUCGGUGGCAGACUGAAGAACAAUCUGAAUAAUCUGUACCAUGGAGCAGAUGGAAAAUCUGGAUUGGAUGGGUCAGAGUUUACCGGUUUCACGCACGAAAUCAAAGAGUUCCCGCAAUAA